AAACGAGGGGUGGGAAAAGUUUCAGAGGGGUAGAGAAGAAAAUUAGUGUCAUUUAUGGAUAGGACUGUGAGCGCGCGCAGACGGAGCCGCGAACCGUUUUAGCCUCGAGGCUGAACGGGAGAAGAGGGAGUCCCUUCAUUCCGCUCCCCACUUUUCCCAAACUUUUUUUUUUUUUUUUUGUGCUUCCUCGGCUGUGGCUUUGUAGGAGGUUCGGGAAGGAGCUAUGCAGAGCGAGAGAAGUCAGAGGCAGGGGUAGGGGCGCUGGAACGGAGGAAGAGAGGGGAGAGGGGGUGGAAAAGCUAGUUGGUUUGGAAGAAAAGGAGCCAUGCAAGUGGAUGCUCUUCUCUGCGGGAUCGGGUUUCACAAAAUGAAUAGCUACACCGAGAGAGCUUCAUCGGGGCUCAACCAGCUCAGAAAGGAUGCCAGCUGUUAGCACCAUGACCGGCGGAAGGGCCCUGCUGCUCUGUGCAAACACUGACAACUGUAUUUACCAAUCAGUCAACGGGCUCCAUUGCUGUGGCUUGAAGGUUGGGGAGGCGCCAUCGUCUGUGGCGCCCCAGCCUUCAGAGGUGUGUGGGUUACCAGGGGACAGAGACAGGAGGCACACUCUCAGUGACACCUUAGGUCCUGACACCAUGCUGACUCAAAGGAGAGCCGCCACCACGAAGGAACCGCAAAUUCCCACCAUGGAAAACGGACUGAGCCACAGCAAGAGCUCAGCGGGAGCCAGGACUGCCAGCAUCCGUGAUAAAAUAUCCCAGUGGGAAGGCAAAAAGGAGUCCUCCCAUGUGGCUGCUACAGGAACAUGUCCUCUUAGCACAACGCAGAAGGAAGCUGACAUUGUGAGGAAAAAGGAAUCCAAAGCUUCAGACGUCCAACGGACAGACAGCAGGAGGUUUGCUAGCUGGGAGAGGCAAGACUCAGGGAAAGAAAAUCUCGGAAAAUUUGGGGAUUCGAGCCCUAAACAUCCAGACGGCACAGCAAAUGCAGAGAAGUGUUUUGCUAAUAAGCCUACUGAACUCCAAGACAAGAAAACAGUUUUGACUCAUGUCAAAAAACUGGAGAAAGCCACAAAGGAAGUUCCCCAUAAGCCUUCACUGGCAUUUCCAGGGAAUUACUUCUGCCCCCCAUCAAAGGAGGAGUUGGAGGCAGCAGAGAAGAAGGCCAAUGAGCCAAUUUUUGGGACUUUUGACAAGGUUCGACCCGGUGGAUUGCAGAGGAGACAGGAUGGGGAGUCUGAGAACGAAUACUGUGAGCCCGGUGCUCCUUCCAUAAACCCCUUACCUAAACCUCAAAGAACUUUCCAGCAUCACACACAAUCUACAGGUUCGAGUCCUUCCUUUGGAAAGGCGAAGAGAACCCUGCCUCCGCUGCCCACUAUCCCUCCCCCACCUCUACCCACAUGCCCUCCUCCAGGGGUUUGCAGAAGACCCUGGGUUGACAGAGCCCGGGACAGCAACAACAGGAAGUCCUAUGAGUUUGAGGAUCUUCUGCAGUCGUCUACGGAAAGCAGUCGGGUGGACUGGUACGCUCAGUCCAAACUGGGCCUCACAUGCACUUUAUCAGAAGAGAACGUCUAUGAAGACAUAAUGGAUCCACCAUGCAAGGAGAACCCUUACGAAGACAUCGAGUUGGAGCGAAGCUGUGUGGGAAGCAAAUGUGUUUCACCUGUGUCAUCUUCUCCUGUCCCCGACACUCCAGCCAAGCAGCUUCCGUCCAAGCCUGGCUUCUACAGGCAAAACUCAGAGAGACGAAGCUUCAAAGUCCCAGAGCUGCGCAAGACCAGCAGAGACACUGGCCUCUCUUCUCCCUCUCGUAUCAGCCCCCCCUCCACACCCAGCAGCCCUGACGACACCCCGUGUCUCUCUGGAGACCCUUACAAUCGUAGACGAAGGAAAAUCCCAAAGAUGGUGCUGAAGAUCAAUGCCAUCUUUGAGGCACGGAGAGGCAAGAAACACACAAAGAAGGUGUCUCAGUCUGCAGAGUCCAGCUCAGGAAGAGAUGAGAACAGCGAGUCAGAAAGCGACAGCGAAGAGAAACUAAAAGCUCACAGCCAGCGCCUGGUGUCACUGCAGUCCAUGCUGAGGCAGACGGGCCGGUACCGGACCUUGGAGAGGGAUUUAAUGGAGUUACAGGAGAGAAAACUCUUUGAAUAUUUCAUCGUUGUUGCACUCCACAAGACCAAAGCUGGAGUCCCGUACCUGCCAGAAGUCACGCAGCAGUUUCCUCUAAAGCUCGAGAGGAGCUUUAAAUUCAUGCGGGAGACGGAGGACCAGCUGAAGGUCAUCCCUCAGUUCUGCUUCCCCGACGCCAAAGACUGGGCCCCGGUCGACAACUUCCCCAGUGAGACGUUCUCAUUUGUACUGACGGGUGAAGAUGGAAGCAGACGGUUUGGCUAUUGUCGCCGUUUACUGCCCAGCGGAAAAGGCCGAAGGCUCCCAGAGGUCUACUGUAUCGUCAGCCGCCUGGGUUGUUUCGACCUUUUCUCUAAGAUCCUGGAUGAAGUGGAAAAGAGAAGGGCCAUCUCUCCUGCUCUUGUGCAGCCUUUCAUGAGAGGCAUCAUGGAAGCUCCCUUCCCCGCCCCAGGAAGGACCAUCACCGUUAAAAACUUUUUGCCUGGCUCUGGGACCGAGGUGAUACAGCUGUGCCGGCCGUCUGACUCCCGUCUGGAACACGUGGAUUUCGAAUGUCUCUUCUCUUCGUUGAGUCUCCGUCUGCUCCUCCGAGUUUUUGCCUCUCUGCUGCUGGAGCGCAGAGUCAUAUUCACCGCAGACAAACUUAGCACAUUGUCUCAGUGUUGUCAUGCAGUGGUGGCUUUGCUCUAUCCCUUCACCUGGCAACAUACAUACAUUCCUGUUCUGCCGCCGUCCAUGUUGGACAUAGUCUGCUCCCCGACUCCCUUCAUAGUGGGCCUCCUCUCCAGCUCUCUACCUCGACUCAAAGAGCUGCCCAUAGAAGAAGUCCUGGUGGUCGACCUCGGCAACAGCCGCUUCCUACGUCAGCUGGAUGAUGAGGACUCUAUUCUUCCUCACAAGCUGCAGGCAGCUCUUGAGCACGUGUUGGAAAAGAGAAGAGAGUUGGCCUGUGAGAAAGGAGACCUACCUAAUGACUCCAGCUCUCUCGGUGCGGUGGUCUCGGAGGCCUUUGUGCGUUUCUUUGUGGAGAUGGUGGGCCACUACUCCCUUUUCAUGAGCGGAUCGGAGCGGGACGACGAUUCGCCCACGUCGCCCGUCCCGUCGUGUCCCUCCACCUCGUCGUUUCAGCGAGAGGCAUUUCGCAAGGCGGUCACUUCCAAGAGCCUGAGACGGUUUCUGGAGGUGUUCAUGGAGACCCAGAUGUUCAGCGGCUUCAUCCAGGAGAGGGAGCUGCGCAGACAGGGCCUCAAGGGUCUGUUUGAGGUGAGAGCACAAGAGUAUCUGGAUUCACUACCCGGUAGUGAACAAAGAGGAGUAAACAAGUUUCUCAAGGGGCUAGGGAACAAAAUGAAAUUUCUGUCCAAAAAAUGAGAGACUGAGCAAAGCGGUCGUCAGAGGAAGCACGAUGGAGAAGACGUCCUCCGUUGGAUGCGCGGGGGGGACGGGGACGCGUCUGUCAGUCGUGUCCCUCUGAAACGAACUGGAUUUACGAUCUGUGAAGAUGACAGAAUCUGGAGGACAGUCGGGUUCAGUUCUCGACUCCGACAGCUCGUCCCGUUGGUGUUGUGGAGACCAAUAUGUAGUCUUAUAAUCAAUGGUAAAUGAUCAACGUUUUACAGGUUAAGUUCUGUCUCUGCAGUGUAUCACUGUACAGCACAUUGCAUUGUAAAUGUUUUAGCAGCAGUGUUCUCAGUGACUAACACCAGCCAUAACCCUGUGAAGAGAAAUACCACUAAAGUCCAAUGUUGUACAAGACCUUAAUUUACAUUCCUGCUUUUUUUUUAUAGGGGCUUUUUAUGACUAUAACAGUACAACUUCUUCAUCGACAGGAGGCUUUUUAAAUAAUUUAUGUCACUUCUAGACAGAUCUAAUCUUUUAUUUUAAAAUCUGUAUUCACAUAAGUGCAAAUGAAUCUCCUGUAGUUGGUUGUAAACUUCUAAAGAGUUGUGCUCCAGACAUUUUGUAGACCACUGUGGGAAUAUGUGUGACUGUUUUUAAGGAAUUUCACCUUUUCUGGAAUAAUAACGUCCACCAAGGUCGAAGAUUGAGAGGGUAAACAAUGUGAAAUGUAUUUUUUGGGGGCGUUUUACUGGAGUUUAUGUGCCAACAAUUAAACAAUGAUAUAUAUUGUAGAUCAAACAGUGUAUAAAACAACUCGGGAUGUCUUAAACUUUUAGUCAUAAAGCAAUGAAACUUAAUAAAUAAGGUGAUUUUAA